AUGUCAAGUGUAAGGAAAGGUCGAGGUCGUCAAAAGAUCAACAUGAAAAAGAUGAGUAACAAGAGCAACAUGCAAGUCACUUUCUCAAGACGUCGUAGCGGACUCUUCAAAAAAGCCAGUGAACUUUGCACCCUAUGUGAUACAGAAAUUGUUCUUGUUGUAUUCUCACCUAGUGAAAAGGUAUUUUCUUUUGGCCACCCUAAUAUUGAUAUAGUCAUAGAUCGAUAUUUGUCUCAAGUUCCACCCCAAAACAAUGACAUCAUCCAAUUCAUUAAUGCUCGGCGUAGAGCUAGCGCGUGUGAGCUCAAUGCUCAACUAGCUAAAAUCAACAACACACUUGAUGUUGAAAAGAAGCUUGGUGAUGAAUUGAGCCUUGUGUGCAAAGAGGCAAAGACUCAGUUUUGGGGGACUUGUUCAAUUGAUAGGAUGAAUUGGGCUCAACUUGAAAUAUUCAAAAUGGCUUUAGAGGAGCUUGGGAAUCUUGUUGCAAUACAUGUUGAUAGGCUUGUAAUUCAUGAUACUCCUACUCAGAUUCAUCCAUUUUUGGUUGACAAUGUUUCAUCCUCUAACAUCGGUUUCCAACACCAGCUAAAUCCUCAACAAGGUCAAAUGUUUUCGUCACAAAGUUUUCAGAACCAGAUGUGGCAUCGUUAG